CCAUCUUUACUCUUUGUUUCUUAAACAUUGCCAAAAGGAGACAAGUCCAUCCUGUUUUGAUUCUUCUUGCUCCAUUUGUUUCAAUAUUUUCGCUUGUUUGGACUCCUAUUUUCCCACUUUCUCGUAUUCUUUCGUUCUUUUCCUCUUCGUGGGUUCAUUAUUCUUUCUCCCAUUUUGUGGGUGGGAGCUUGAAGUAGAUAAGAGCGAGGAUAGCGAAUACUUGAAUAUGUUAUAAAAAACAUUCCAGUAGUGUUUGUGGUCUCCCAGCAAAGAGAUUGACACAUCAAGAAUCCAAAAGAAAGAUCUUCCCUAUCUCUCUCUCUCUCUUUGUGGGUUAUUCUGCAAUCGGCCAUAACUGUUCUUUCUGAUGCUUCCCUCACUCUUGAUGACAAAUUUGACAGGAUGUGCAUGAUUUUGAACCUGUAAAUAGUUUGGGGUUUCUGGGUUAUUUCCAUUUUCGUGUAGAGCGAGAGAGACACUCUCGUCUUGGCCUCAAGAGCAAGAUUUUUCUUCAGCAGCAGCAAAUUUUCACGUAUUUUAGGAACAUGGCGAGAGGCAAAAUUCAGAUGAAGCGAAUAGAGAAAGCAACGAGCAGGCAAGCCACCUUCUCGAAGCGCCGGAACGGGAUGAUGAAGAAGGCUUACGAGCUGUCGGUUUUAUGCGAUGCCGAAAUCGCGGUCAUCAGCUUCUCUCAGAGAGGAAGACUUUAUGAGUUCUCAAGCUCCAAGUUAUGAGAGUCCGAAUAGCGUCGAGGCGAGUCAAAGGAGUGAAAGUUUCGUUUUAGUCGAUACUUGGUUGUCCAUGCAAAAUACUAUAGAGCGAUAUCGUCAAUAUGCAAAAGAAGAUAUGGCAAAAAAGGCCAACAUGGAGCAAUAUAUGCUGCAUCUGAAGCAUGAGGCUGUGGACAUGGCAAGGCAGAUUGAGCUCCUUGAACUCUCAAAACGGAAGUUUUUGGGACAAGGUUUGGGAUCAUGCUCAGUCAAUGAACUUCAGGAGAUCAGUGGACAGUUGGAGCGAAGCUUGAGCAUUAUCAGAGCAAACAAGGACCAAUUAUUCAAGGAGCAAAUCGAACAACUUAAAGCAAAGGAGGUGUUCCUAUCAGAAGAAAAUUCAAGAUUGCGCGAGAAGUAUGGCGAGAUGGAAAAGCCAUGGCAGUCUGCAUCAUCAGUUCAACCAAAAGAAGCAGGAAUUUGCAGCCUAAGCAGCCAAAGUUCAGAUGUCGAGACUGAAUUGUUUAUUGGACUGCCUGAAAUGCGCUUCUGAUUUUUUAUUCAAAGGCAUAAUUGAAACACAAGCAAUUCCGAUCAUUCGUCUCGCUGAUUUUGCAAGGCCAGGCCCUCUAAUAAUCCAUGCAGGAUAACCUUUUGUCUUUCCCUAUUCAAGCUUUUAAGUUUCGUCCCCUCAGUCAAGAUUGUUGCGUGUAAUAUUCUUUCUUUGAAGCCUUGUAAACACACAUGACCUCAUAAGAAGCACGGAGAAUGUGGAUCAACAGGUUAUGUCAUGAAUGAAUGACAGAUGCUGGUGCGCUUUGCUUUA